AAAAAUUCUAUUGAACGUUGAAGAAAAGUACCGUAUAUACGAUUUUGUUUGUGUUUUGCAAAUCGGAAGUUUUUAGCUUAUAGACCAUACUGCCGCUGCUUCAUUAACUGUUAGUUUGUUGUUUAGACAGUGAACUAUGUCUUCACCAGAAGUAGAAAGAUUUGAGGUUACAGAAGAUGAUUUGGCAAAUGAAUUCUAUCCAAGAAUGGGAAGGAGACAGACCAAAAACCAGGCCAUAUAUGGAAUGUGGGCUGACAAUGACAGUGACGAUGAACGUCCUGGAUUUGGAAAACCAAACAGACGUAAUAAAGACAUGACAGCCCCUAUAGGCUUUGUCAGUGGUGGCUUCAAAGAAGGGGAUAAAAUCACCAAGAAUGAAGGGGAUGCCGAUAACACAGAUUCUGACAGUGGGGAGGAAGUACCUAUACAGAAACAAAGAAAACAGAAAUCUGGACCUUAUCCUGGAUUUGGCCACAAAGAUCACACAAAAGAAUUUGGUGGAUGGGAAAAAUACACUAGAGGAAUUGGUCAGAAACUUCUGCAUAAGAUGGGUUAUGAACAAGGUAAAGGUUUAGGUAAAACACACCAGGGAAUAACGACACCAGUCGAGGCCAAGUUACGUAAAGGUCGAGCUGCGGUUGGAGCAUAUGGAACGGAGAGGACAGAAAGAUCGUUGAGAGAUUUUCCUGUGUAUGAUUCUGAAGAGGAAGAAGAGAAACAAUUCAAAAAUGAGUUACAUCAGUGGAAGAAAAAAUCUGAGGGUCAGGUUGCUAAGAAGAAACCUAAAUAUGUUUACAAAACUGCACAGGAACUGAUAGAAACUGGAGGAAAAAGUAAAAAGUCUCUACCUAAUCGUUCAUCAAAGGUCAAAGUCAUAGAUAUGACUGGUAAAGAACAGAAAGUAAUGACAGGUUACCAUUCUAUUUCCCAAAGACAUGAUAGACCAGAAGAAGAUGAGGAUAUUAUUAUGCCAGAACCUUCAAAAAAGAAAGCAUUUGCUAUGCCAGAACUGAUACACAACCUCAACAUCCUUGUGGACAUGGCAGAGGAAGAAAUUAUAGUGAAUGAUAGAAAACUUAGAUAUGAAAGUGAUCAUAUUAUAAACAUGAAACAUGAGAAAGAAAGGGUGGACACAGUAUGUGAACAGGAAGAAAAACAACUGCAGAAAUUACAGAAAGUCAUGGAAAUUGUUGAAACAUGUGAAGAGAGAACCAAACCAGGAUGUGAGAACCCAUUAACUUUACCAGAAUGUGCCAAGAUAUUUAAAUGUUUACAAGAUGACUUUUAUGAAGAGUACAAGAUGUAUGACCUGGCUUCAUUAUCAGUAGCCCUUGUGUUUCCUAUGGUUAAAGAUUUCUUUAAAGACUGGGACCCCUGGAAGGAUCCUGGUCAUGGAGUAACCACCAUUAAAGAGUGGCAGUAUGUACUGGAAGAUUAUAACAACAAAUACAAUACAAGUCUACAUAAUAUGAAUAUAUUCCAAAGAUUGUUGUGGGAUAUCUGGUUACCAUUUGUAAGAACAGCCAUUUUAAAAUGGAAUCCAAGAAAUUUUGAUCCUCCAAUUGAAUUGUUAGAGACAUGGAAACCAGUUGUACCAUCCUGGAUGAUGGAAAACAUUAUAGAUCAACUGGUUCUGCCUCGAAUUCUACAGGAAGUGGAGAACUGGAACCCUUUAACUGAUCCUGUACCUCUACAUUCAUGGCUUCAUCCAUGGCUACCUCUUAUGGGAGAUAAACUGGAGCCCUGUUAUCCUCCAAUCAGACAUAAACUUGCAAAUGCUCUUACAAAUUGGCAUCCAUCAGACAGUUCUGCUAAAGUUACUCUUCAGCCAUGGUUAAAAGUGUUCAAACCUGGUCAUACAGAAGCUUUUCUUGUUAAACAUAUUUUACCUAAACUUGGCAUGUGUAUGCAGGAGCUUGUUAUAAAUCCUCAUCAGCAGAUGCUAGAGUCAUGGCAUUGGGUGAUGUCAUGGAGUGAUGUUAUACCUAUUAAACACAUGGUGUCUAUGUUAGAAAGGACCUUCUUCCCUAAGUGGUUACAGGUUUUAUGUACCUGGAUGUCCAACAUGCCAAACUAUGAGGAGAUUACUAAAUGGUAUUUAGGAUGGAAAUCAUUGUUUUCUGAAGAAUACAGAAACUAUCCACCUGUUACAGAGCACUUUAAAAAAGCUUUGGAGUUAAUGAACAGAGCAGUCAGUGGUCACUUCCAGCCAGGAGUAAAAGAAAAUAUAGCCUACUUUACACAUACAGAAAGACGACAGAUGUUAGAUACUCCACCAACAAAACCACCUCCACCACCACUGCCAUCAUCAAUCAAAUCUGAACCAGAUUUCACAUCAGUAAGAAGUGCAAGUCCAAGUUCAUCAUUUGCAUCAAAUUUCAAAGGUCUGGUGGAUAAGAUGGCUCAAGAAAACAAUAUACUGUUCAUGCCUAUUCCAGGAAAAACACAGGAAGCUAAACAAGUGUACAAGUUUGGAAAGUUUCAAGUUUAUGUGGACAGAAAUGUUUUAUUUGUUUUUGAAAAUGAACAGUGGAUACCAAUAUCAAUACAGAAAAUGGUAGACAAAGCAAUAGGAACAUAAUAUCAUGAAAUAAAUCCAUUCUGUUUUUCUA